UAGGCCUAGAAACAAAAGCGAGGAACAGCAUUCACCCACCUGCCUGCCUGGAAGGAAGAACCAAUCCAAGAAGAAGCGAUGGCAUCUCGUCUCGUUGCGGCGGCGGCGGCGUCCUCCUCGUCUUCCCCGCUCGCCCGCCUCGUCUCCCGCCGUGGCCUCGCCGGCGCUGCAGAUCACCAUGGGCCUCCGAAGGUCAACAUUUGGCAAGAACCGAUGAACCCGGCUAACUGGAAGGAAGAGCAAUUUGUGCUAGCCAGCUUAGCUAUGUGGGGAGGUAUUUUUUAUGGUGUCGGCAGGCUUUUUAGUGGGAAGAAGGAAGACAAAACUACUGAGGCGGCGCCAGCACAGGCAUAAUAGGAUUUACCAGAGCCUUAUUUCAUGCUGCAGACGUGCAACUGUAUGAAAUAAAGAAGAAUUUUAUGGUCUGUUUUAAGUUUGUAUCGCUAAUGGUAAAUUGUGGCGACUAGAUGGGUGAUUUUGUAAGAGGCGAGAUUUUGUGGACCUACACUUGUCAGCCAGCAUGAAUAAUCUUUACCGCAGUGGAACUUUGGUUGAGAAACUGCAACAGCGUCUUGAUAUUUUGUUGUCAUCACAUCAAUUCAUGUUUUGUAAUCAAUAUUGGUGCGAUUGAUCAUGAUCUUGCGUUAUCAUACUCAGGUUGAUUACGUUACCGUCUGGGGAGUCGAAUUACUUCCAUGUUCUAACUAAAUUGAUUUGUCUAUUUUGACUGUU